AUGGAGUGCGCGCCGUCCCUACCGCCGGAGGCGAUGGGGCCCGCGCGCACGCUGCUGACCUCGGCCAGCCAGGAGAAGCUGCCCACUGAGGACCACAAGAAGGCGCUGGACCGGGCCCUCCUGCAGCAGCGCCUGCAGAUCUGGGUGCUGCGCGGGGAGCUGGUAAGGAGCUUCGAGACCUUUGGCAAGAUGGACCCCUUCGUGGUGGUGGAGCACUUGCCCAAGAGUGGCCCUGCCUGGGAAUUUGCCCGCACCAGGACAGAUUGGGGCGGACACAUGAAGCCCAGCUUCAACUACCUCUGCCGAAGCAUCGAGGUGGAUGGCGAAGAUGUGAUCCGCUUCAAAAUCCUGGAGAAGAACUUCGGCGAGCUGGGCACUCCCACCUUCUGCGGAGAGGCCUCUGCCUCGGUGAGGACCAUGCUGGGCAGCAACGAUAUCAUCGCGGGAGGCCGCAAGUGCAGCAAGAGCAAGUUCCGCCACUGA